ACGUAUUGUUUGCCAGAGUUAACAGCGCGAAAUCUAUACCUACUUAGAUAGGUACCUAUAUUGUGCGUGGGACAUGAAACCAAAGAAUAAAAACUAACUUUUCUGGAACUCUUUAAUCUCAGUGGAUCUAGUAGGCAUUUUAUGAAUUGUGAAAACAUUAUCUUCGAUGUGAUGAUGAAAUAGUGAACUUACAAUAUUACUCUUGUCAAACGUAUGUGACAAAUGAUUCAUUGAACUAUAUUUUGCGAAAAUAAGCUACAUAGAAUCAACAAUCAAUAUGGAUAUUAAACCCCUUUCCGAAGAAGUUAUAUCGAAAAUACGUUCCACCAGCAACGUCAAUAAUUUAACACACUGUGUAACGGAACUGGUUUUGAAUAGUUUGGAUGCUAAAUCAUCUGCAGUUGCAAUAAGACUAAAUACUGCAGUAUUCAGGAUUCAAGUUGUAGAUAAUGGUUUCGGAAUAUCUCAAGAAAACUUGGGAAAAAUCGCACAGAAAUAUUCAACCAGUAAAUGUCAAAAUUUAUCGGACCUCGAGAAGAAACCAAAAUCCUAUGGCUUUAGAGGUGAAAGCUUAUGGAGCAUUUCGAAUAUAUCAAAAAUAUGCACCAUAACUUCUAAACACACAGCAUCUGAAGGAACAUACUCGAAAAUUAUUAAUUUCCGAAAACAUGGAAAAGUCACACUUGCGAAGAAUAGACAAAGUGAUGGCACUACAAUUACAAUAGAGGGCUUUUUCUAUUAUUUGCCCGUCAGACAGAAACGUAUGAAAAAAGAAUUCGAGAUAGAGGAAAUAAGUAAUUUCCUGAAAUGUAUGUCUAUAAUUCAUCCCCAAAUUUCAUUCACUUUGAGGGACGAUAUAUCUGGAAAAUUGUUAUUCAAACGCCCUAAAAGUGACAACGUCCUUAAAUCUUUCACAGGACUAUAUCCCGAUAUAAAAUACGAAGAUACAAUUGUAAUGAAAGUACGUAAAGAUAAAAUUAGUAUUGAAGCUUUACUGUUGAAAGAAAUCGUUACAGAUAAGUCCUUUCAACACAUAUUUGUUAAUAAACGUCCAGUUCGUCACUCUAAAUUGCAAGCUUUCAUUUGCAAAGAGUUAUUCAAAAAUGUAACGAAAAUACAAUCAAUUAAAAAUCUUCAUCCAACAUUUUUAAUAAAUAUAAAAUGUCCAUUGUCAAUAUAUAGUAUAAUUUACGAAAAUUCUGAAGCAAAAGUGGAAUUCUUAAACAUUGACUUGAUAUUAAAUUGUUUGGAGAAGUUGAUUCUGAACUUUCUUGGUAAAUCGAAACCGAUUCAAGAAAUCAAGAAAGUUUCUGAAAAACGAAAAAGUAUUUGUGGAGUUUCCGAUCUCGAAGGUGCAGUUAAAGGUUUUGGAUUUAAGAAUUGGUUGCAGAGGAACGAAUGCAAUAAAGAAAAAUCCUGUGAGGACGAAAUCGAACAGAGCCUGUCUCAAAUUAAACCAUUAAAACAUACGAGCAAAAAACAAUCAUGUGAAAAGGAUAAAUUGAAAUCACUGCCUAUCAAAAUAUGUAAGCAAAAAAAUGAAAAAUCAACAAUUGGUGGAAUGAAAGAGGUCGAAAAACAGAAAAAGGACGGAAUCAUAAAAAGUGAGGAAGAGACUUGUCAUAAAAAGAAUGAGAUUUUUGUUCCAGCAUGCAACGAAGGUAUUCCAGAUAAAGUUAUGAUAGAAAACUUCCACAGGUUGGAAAAAAACUGUAAAGAUAUUAUAUCGAAAAAAAUACCGGAAGAAACGCUUUUUUCUAAUUUCACAACUACUGAAGAAAAAGGAAAAGACUUUUUGAUGUAUAUGUUUCUGAAAUCGACAGAAAUAUUCAGAGGUGAUACUCAAGAACAACCUACUGAAGUUCCUGAGGACGAUGGUAAAUUUAACACAUCCAUAGAAACAAUUAUGGAAUCUAAUAUUUUCUUCGAGAAUAUUACAAAAACAAAGACCCAUCAACUGAAUGAAAAUAUUUCCGUUUCUGUUAGAUUGAAAAGGAGAAAAAAAAGCGAAUCCAAUUUCUCAGAUAAGUUUUCAUUUUUGAUUCCGAAACAUAACAAGAGAAAAGCGGAAUACUUGGGUGAAAAGGACAGACAUCAACCGAAAAAGCAAAAUAUUUCACUGAUGAGUCCCUAUUUCAAUAUGGCAAAAAAGCUAGAUGAUAAUAAUAAUUUGGAAAAGAAGAUUUUCAAACAACAGGGUCUUAUGAAAACAUGCAAUUUUUCGAUAAACGACGAUAUGAGGCAAAAUUUUUUGUUCACAGGACAGCAAAAUGACCAAAAUUUCAAAUUCAAUCUCUGUUCGUCAAAAAUUAACAAUUCGCGAUAUAUUGAAAAUAAUAAUAUAAAGAAAUGUUUCGAUGAAUUGUCGAAAGGCAAUUGUUGUUUUUUGAAUUUAACUAGAAAGGGGUUGUUAACUGAUUAUAAUAAAUCGUAUAUUUUUAAUUUCGAAAAUGUUGGCGAACUGAACAAAGAACUUUUCGAUGAAAGGCCGCAAACUGGAAAAGAUCCAAGAAAAAGAUUAGCACUUAAAGAAUGUAUAGUUGAUGGGUUAUCAGGAAAUUUCGAUUUUAAAAACUUGCCAUUCAGUCCAAUCCCUAAACUUUCAAUACCCCAAAAAAAUUUAAUGAAAAAUGAGAAACAAAAUGAAAUGCCUAAGUCAACACUCGUGAAUUUAACAGAAAGAAAGAAGACAACUUGGAGGAAAUACGUUUCAGACGGGGAUUUUCGUGAAACGUCAAGUCCUUUGUUCACAAAACAAAAACUCAAAUACGAGAGAAAAUAUUGUGACAACAGGUCUUUCACCCUCGAAAACAUAUUGGAAGAAAAAUGUCCCAAUAAAAUAUUCAAGAAAUUUCAUACAGAACCCUUCGACCGAACGAAACUCCAAAACAUUCAAAGAAUGAAGCAAAAUAUCGACAAACUGUUUUUGAAUUCAAAACUCAACAAAAGUCCAUGUUAUAAAGCACAAGAAGAAGUAAUUUUUCAGAUUGAAAAAAACAAAACAAAGGAAUACACUAAAGAUAGCUUGGAACGCGAUGAAAAAGACAAACAGAAGAGCAGAAGUCCUUUAUGGAAAAAGUUCAUGAAGAAAAAAAGUGAAUUAAACAACAAUCUUAAAGAGAGGUCCCCGGUAAAAGCAGGAAAAAAGGAUUUUUUCAACGCUCUUGAAGUCAUGAACGUUCACUUCGAUAAAACUACUCACCCAAACAGAGAAAACAUUGGUGAAUCCCCUGAUUUGUUUUCAGGAGUAAUGAUUGAUAAACCAUGGAAUGGAUUAUUUGGAAACCCUGAGAACGAUCUAACUUUUCUUCCCAAUUCUGCCAUCAGCUUCGACAUCGAUGAUAAGAAUAUUAUUGAUGACAAAAUUGUUGAAGAUGGAGAGUUGAGAACUUUAACGGCAGUAGGUACAGCUAUGAGUUCAAACUUGAUUAUAACUCUCGAUGAUGAGGACACAAAGAUGAAAACCGUUGACGUGGAUACAAACUUGGCCGAUGGUAAUGUAAGCCUGUAUGAUGAUGAAUGGAUACAAAAAACGAAUCUAGAAGGAAAUGUAUUCUACUUCAAUAAAAGGACAGGAAUGACUUCAUUUUUGCACCCAACAAAAGAAGAUAUUUACAUCCUGAAAGAAAGAAUGGAGUUCUUACCAAAAGGUUUGUCACCAAUUCUGAUACCAGAUCAGAAAUUAGAAAAAAGCUUGAGCCCCACAUCCAAGAAAAAACUUCAAGAUGAAAUUCUGAAAUCUUAUGUGGAUGACCUUGGACUUGUCAAAUGGGAAAAAUGCUUUAAAGGAUGCGAUCCGAAAAAAUUCUUCGACAAUUUAUAUAGGAAGAGGGUAAAUGAAUAUGAAAAAGAAGUCCCCAAUCUGAAGACGAGAAUGUCUAAAUUCGCCAUACAAACCUCUCACAAUCAUAAAUUCAGCAAAAUGGUACUGAAAGAUUUGAAGGUUAUCGGACAAAUAGACAGGAAAUUCAUUGCUGCAAUUGAUGAGAGAAAAUUUCAGUUGAUUCUUUUCGACCAACACGCUGUACAUGAACGCAUAAGGCUUGAGGCUUUACUCAAAGAAUAUGAAGGAAAAAGUUCAACUUGUGAAAAAGUUACGUUAUUCAUGAAUCAAACCGAUGUGGAACUAGUGGGGAAGCAUAAAAAAUAUCUCGAUGAUAUCGGAAUCCACUUCAACUUGUUGAAAAAUGGGAUAACUGUCCAUAAAAUUCCUUCAUGUUUCCUGAAUAAAAUUACUAAAGAGUGUCCACUUCCAAAAUUGCUACAACUUUUUAUAAGAGAGAUUUUGGAUCAUGUGAAACAUACUAGAGGAGUCUUGACAGGACUACCGAAAAUGAUGAACGAAAUCAUAAAUAUGGAGGCUUGUAGAGGUUCGAUAAAAUUUGGAGAAAUCUUGUCGCAAGACGAUAUGAAAAAAUUAAUUGAAGAAUUAUCAAAAUGCAUUUUACCCUUCCAAUGUGCUCAUGGAAGACCUACAUUAGUUCCACUAAUAACUUUUGACGACACCUUCAGAGAAAAGAUAGAAAAACCUAACUUGAGAAGUUUGAAACUGUCUUGAAUAGGAUAAAAAUGAAGAUUAUUAUGGUUUCUAUUUAUUAUUGGUUUAUUAAUUAAACUAGUCAAGAAUAUAAUGUUGUACGAAACUAUAAAUUUAUUUUUUGUCCAAAUUUAGUUGAUUAAAAGCGUUUACUUGUUAUGUUCACUUUUUAUUGACGGUUCAUCAAUUGUUAUCAUGGAUCGUUUUAGCUGGUUUUGUUGCACAUACUAACUUAUAACUGUUUCACUUUUUUUAUUCAAAUAAUAUAGUGUUUUUUUGAAGAAAACAGCGAGCAAUUUGAUAUUUUGUCUUAUACCUGCUUUGGAAUUUUGACUGGCCGUUUGUUAUUAUUGCUUUCAGUAUGAUGGAAUCC